AUGAGUCAUCCAUCCUCCGGUGUAUCAACGAGAGCGAGUGUCGUGAGCCGAUCGUCGUCACACUUAUCCAAUAGUAUGGCACACUUGCGAGAACGUCAAGAGUUGGAGAGACAACGGACGGAGAUCGCAAUGGAAAAACGUUUCCUACAGGAGCAGCAAAAACUACUUGAGGCUGCGAUUGCUGCUGAAGAAGAGAGAAGAAGCCGUGUAAGCUACGACACCAGCAUGAGAAAAGUCCGCGAAUGGAUCGGAGAUAGCGCGGAUUUGCGAAUUAGCGCGGUAAUACAAACGCCAGAAGUUUUAGCAAAGCUGCGGCAUAAUCCGCAUUCAACUCAGAUUAGCUUUAGAGCUGAAGCGUCUCCCGUGCAGCAGCCUCCCGUGCAGCGGCCUUCAGUGCAACAGUCUACAGUGCAGCAGCUUACAGUGCAGCAGCUUACAGUGCAGCAGCCUUCAGUGCAGCAGCUUUCCGUGCAGCAGCCUUCAGUGCAACAGCUUUCUGUGCAGCAGCCUUUAGUGCAGUCGAUCAUGCCUGUAAUGCAGCCCACCUUGCAACCGUUUCUGCAGCAGCCUGUUGAACAGCCAGUGCAGUCGUCUUUGGGUCACCAGCCAUUCGUACAGCAACAGUUUACAAUGCAGCAAGCUUUCGCAUAUCCCCAACUACCGCAGCCGUCACCUCUGGUACAGUACCCAGGUGCUGUGCAGCCUCGAUUGGCUCCAAUGCCCACAAAACAGAAUUCCUUUGUGCAGCAGCCACUAAUGCAACAUUCAUCGACUGAACCUUAUCAAGAACUGCCGGAACUGGAACCUACGAUUUCCAACUUGAGCCAAAGGGAAAGUGACCCUGUGCCAACACAACAACAGCUUACGUCACGUCAAUCGUGA